AUGCCUGACGUACCCGUUGUACCGGACCCGAAAACUCCCCCUAAGUGUGUCAAAUGGAAACUUCAAGAGAUGCACGACUGUAAGAAGGAGCUUGCAGAUUUGGCCAACAAUCUUCUGAAAGAGUUGCAGAGCCGGUACAAUGCAUGUUUACCACCACUGAUGGAGUUGCUCCACAAAUGUCUGGAUUUCGGGAGCUUGUUUAACGGUGUCUGUGGAACUAAAAGCCAAAACCAGGUACCUGUGAAUAAGGCAGAGUUUAUGAAAGUAGGCCAAGCGGAAUUUCGAAGAUGUGUUUCAUUCAUUGCUCAACUUCCCCAUGUGAAAUCUCAAGUCGAGUCUGGAACUUUAGACCUUGAUCCUGAGUUUGCAGACAUCAUUUUCUCGCAAGUGAAGAAAGUGCUUAUCAAUGUAUGGGGAGAGUUCUUCCCUGACUUGUUCCAGGCAUUCUUCAUGAAAUUACCUGAAUUGGAGCCUGAUCAGAGUAAGAAGAGUAAAGCAAAGCCACAACCUCUCAGAAUUCCCUCAAAUAUCACUGUUGUCACGUUUGAAAGAAUUUCUGACAGUUCUUUUGGCCUUCAAGAAAGAUACAUUUUAAAGUUGUCUGAUGGAUCGUCCUAUCAAGUGGUAUUUCUUGAAGACAGCUUUAUUUCUUCCCUCUACACAGAUCCUACCCUGUACAAUGCCAUUGGUAAAGAGUUUUGCAUAAUUUUCGACAUCUUUUACACAAAAACUGGCACCGAAGCAGUGGCAGAGUCAUUUUACCGAGUAAUGAACACGCAAGAACAAGAUGGUGGUCAGAAGCUAGAAACUCUAGCCCUCCGAUCUAGAGUUGAUUGGUGUUUACCGCCUGUGCUUCAGUGCGAAAGACCCAUCGAAGACAUGGCGUCAUUGUAUCUAAACGGAGACAAGGAACAAAAGCUAAAGAGACAUAACAUUCCCAUAUACACAUGA